GCCUCAGCUCCUAACACAAACCCACGCAGUGCUUAGCGACCGAGCGAGCCAGCAAUGUCGCCUGCGCGGCCUCCUCCGUCCUCACCUCGCCUCCGCGCCUUCCCCCGCGACGGAGUCCUCCCCUCCUUCGAUGCCGGUCGAUUCCCCAGUAUCCCUGGACGGCUUAGUCUCCGCUCCUGCGCCCGCGCCGGCCGCGUCUACUGCCUCUUCUCCGGCGGUGAUAGCCGCAAGAAACAGGAUGAAGCUAGAAAAGCACUGGAAAAUGCCCUGGGGAAGAAGAAGGCUGAGUUUGACAAAUGGGGUGUGGAAAUUGAAAGGAGGAGGCAAAGGGGCCAGCCUGGAGGUCCUGCUGCUGGUGGUGGAGGAUGGUCAGGAGGAGGUAGGUGGUUUAGGCGGCUUACGGGUGGAGGUUUCUGGGAUGCAGCAAAACAAAUUGUUUUUACAAUCUUUGGCAUUAUCGGAGCGUUUUUCCUGAUUGCAAACUUCAAUGUACUGGUGGCUGCUGUUAUCAAUUUGUUGCUGCUUGUGCUGCGGCAAAUACGGCGCAUACUCUCCUUCAUAGCUCUCUGUGUUUCCCAGGGUGCAUUGGUUGAAAAGUCUGGACCAAAGUCAAGUACCCUUGGAAGUAGCAAUGUGGCUGGAGUGCCUGUGAAAGAAAGAGCUGGAAUGUCUGUGAAAGAAAAAGCUGGAAUGUCUGCGAAAGAAAGAGCUGGAAUGUCUGCGAAAGAAAGAGUCAUUAGGAAAUGGGGAAUGGACUGAAGUAGAGCACAGUUAUAUCUUGUGAGCUACUCUGACAACAAUUUCUAUGAAAAUAUGACCUUUUAAAUGAAGGUAACUGAACAUUUUGAAAGAACUUUUAGGGUGAAUCUAAUAAGAUUUAUCUUACAUUGUCAAUAUAUGUUACACUCUUCAUGUAGGCGGACCCAGCUUGCCUUGGGGGUGUCUAGUUAUGCCUUGCCAUGUAGGUGUCACCUAACUAGUUCGCCUUGGGUCAGCUAGUCACCUUUUUUUUCUUGAACAACACAUGAGAACCACGUGUCAUUUCAUUAAGGUAGAAAAAUAUCAAACGGGUCUAACAGACCCAACUCACACACCCCACACCCUGGACACUAUGUCACAGAUUUGUCACAGAAAGAACACAAAUGGCCAAAUGCCUCCAAGCUUUAAGCUCCAGCAGGUAGCAUUUAUAUGUUGCCUUUGAAACCAUGAUGCAAGUUUUUAUAUGUCGAUGAUGGUCAAAGUUGGAAAAGUUUGACCGAAAGGAUUCCUAAAGCAUAUAUUUAAAUCAGACGGAGUAGUCUUGUCCAGAAUUUUACUGACAUUGUACUGAUGAUGUUUGCCAAAUUGAGAUGAAGACCGCAGCAGCUCAGUUGUUCAAAGUUCUGAUUAAGUGAUUCGUGUUUGUGAAUUGUAACUUGGUCAUUUUGCAGUUAUGAUCGAUUUGAUCUCUGAACAUGUGUGUGUUCUGUAAGCUCUACGCACUGUAACCCUGGCUCUUUCAAAGCCAAAUAUUUACCCUUUAUUUUCUGAGUUCUGGGCCAUCCAUAAUCGUCA